CCAACAGUGCUCCUUGCGGUAGCCUAGAGCUUGUGACAGCGCACAACAACCACCUAAAUCUGCGUCUGCCCUGGUGAGGACCAAUAGCGCUGCUUCACAGCUCUCAGCAUCCCCAUCCUAGAGAGCUCGACAUCACCACAGCAAAGGACAGCCAACCGAGAGCUCCAUCAAGGCGUGGGGAUUUUCGUCUGAUUAAAGGGUUUUCAUCGGAAUUUUAAUCGCGUUUCUGUCAUUGAGGCAUUCCUUGAGAUGACUGGUCUCGUUUCACCUUGAUGAGCUGCAUUUCAAAGGAAAAAAAGGAACAACACAGACGCAUACAUUCCGUGUUUUGAUUUCGUCUGUAAAAGCGUGAAGGGGAAAAAACAACUGCUGAUCCUGCUGAGGUUAAAAGCUGUCUGUGGACGUGCAAGCAGGACAGAGAAACAAGAGCGAGAGAGAGACAGCAUUGCUGCAUCCGCUUGUGAGGCAAGCCUGCUCCAUCAUAACAAAGACCUCCCUCUGGAUCCUAAAACUCCUCCUUGGCGUGGAUGUCUAAGAUCAAUUCGGUCUGGUAGCCCCGGGCUUCCACUCUUGGAAGAAGUGAGGUCAGGACCCUCACUUCCAAAUCCCAGGCCAUAUUCUGCAGUCAACUCCAUCACCCCUGAGAGAGCCCAGAGGCCCCCAGCCCAAGCACCAUGGGAACCGUGCUGUCUCUCUCCCCCAGCUACCGCAAGGCGGCGCUCUUUGAGGAUGGCCCAGCCACGGUGGGCCACUACACUGCUGUGCAGAACAGCAAGAACGCCAAAGACAAGAACAUGAAGCGCAACUCACUCAUCAACGUGCUGCCAUGGAAGCGGAUUGUGGCCGUCUCGGCCAAAAAGAAGAGCUCCAAGAAGGUGCAGCCCAACGCCGCCUACCAGAACAACAUUACGCACCUCAACAAUGAGAACCUGAAGAAGUCGCAGUCGUGCGCCAACCUCUCCACCUUCGCCAACCAGGACCAGACGAGCCCCACCAAGAACUCCAACAAUGCGGUCUCGUCCAUCAAGAAGGCGCCCCUCACCAACUCAAACGCGGCGUCCGGCACGCCCAAGCGAGUGAUCGUGCAGGCCUCCACCAGCGAGCUCCUACGCUGCUUGGGCGAGUUCCUCUGCCGGCGGUGCUACCGGCUCAAGCACCUGUCCCCCACCGACCCGGUCCUGUGGCUGCGCAGCGUGGACCGCUCCCUGCUACUGCAAGGGUGGCAGGACCAGGGCUUCAUCACGCCCGCCAACGUGGUGUUCGUCUACAUGUUGUGCCGUGACGUGGUGUCCUCAGAGGUGGCCACCGAGCACGAGCUGCAGGCCGUCCUCCUCACCUGCCUCUACCUGUCCUACUCGUACAUGGGCAACGAGAUCUCCUACCCACUCAAGCCCUUCCUGGUGGAGAGCUCCAAGGAGACCUUCUGGGACCGCUGCCUGUCCAUCAUCAACCUGAUGAGUGCCAAGAUGCUGCAGAUCAACUCCGACCCGCACUACUUCACACAGGUGUUCGCCGACCUCAAGAACGAGAGUCAGAAGGAGGAGGAGAGGAGUCGCCUGCUCAUCGGCCUGGAUCGGUGAGGGGAGGCGCCACCCAGGGGCUGCUCAAGGGCAGUGGGGCAGAACUGUCUGGUGUUUGUUCAGGGGGGAGGGGAGAUAUAAAGGGCUGCUCGAUAGUAGACGUGAGCUGGGUGGGUGAGAAUCAUACUGGGUGAUAUUUGAAAAGAAAGUAAUACCAUUUACAGAGCUAUUUGUAAGAAUAUAACUACCAAACAGGUUUGAGUAUUCAUACUAGAAAUUUUAUUAGCUAUUUCUACUGUAUGUGAAGAAAAACUUACCAAUUACAUUUAUCGGAAAUGUAUUUAUUAUUAAAUUAGGUUAUCGGAAAGCCCUCUGAACAGUGGAAAGACAGCAUUUUGAAUGGCACCUGAACAAACACCAGACACAUAUGUACCUAUAACUAUGAACAAAACGCUGAAAAAAAAAACAUUGACAAAAAAAGCAAGAGACCACCACCUCCAAAAAAAAAGACAAUUACCAACAAUCAUCACAAGAAAAAGUUAAACAAAACAAUUUAAAAAAAGAAACAGACACUAGAAAUGGGGAAAUAAAUCUACAGCUAUGAAUGUGGGAGGGUGGCGGCUGCUGUCCUGCCAGCUACCAGCUGACUAUCGGAGAUGUGCACUGCCUGGUGUGGGAGACUCUUUUAAACCGAACAGCCCCUUCCCUGGCCUUCCCGGACGAAUGGACUUAGCUGCAAUCCAGGGUCCAAAAAGACUACAGACACCUCAGCCAAACCCAUCCUGCUUAACGCUGGCCAUACACACACCGCUUCACUGCAGCAGUGUGUGUGUGUGUGUGUGUGUGUGUGUGUGUGUAUGUGUGUGCGUCUGUUUUGAUGACUGAGAUGGCCACCUGUGUAGAUAUCACCUGAAUCUGUAAUGGAUGAGAAACGAGAGAAAAUCGGAGCGGCGUCUUGAAAAUGAUCAGCAGAGGGAAUUUGACAGGGGUUAAGCAUUGCACAGUGGGAAUGUGGAAGACUGAGGAAGAGUUUGUUUUCUUUGCGGGCACACACAGUGUAUUGAGAAAGACCUACUUUAUUUUCAUCUGCGGGGGGGGGGGGGGGGAGAAAAAAAAAAAGAAAAGUGAUUUUUGGUCUCUGUCGGGAUCACCAUUGAUGGAGAUUUGCCCACUGAUUUGCUUAGUGGAAAACUACAAAACAAACAAACAAAAAAGAAUUUUCCUUGUUUUUUUUUUAUUUAGAAAUGUAACCAAAUGCACGUGUGCCAUGCAUUUUUAUGGUGUUUUUGGAGGGAAGAAAUUUCUUUACAUAUUCUCUUUUCCUUGAAUUUCUAAUCCAACUGCAUCUGCGUCUAGAGAAUGUUAUGAACAACAAAAAAAGAGCAGAAUUAGUUUAUUUAGCCAUGCUUGCUAAAACGAGCUACUGUCUUUCAUGGGAUUUUCCAUUCUUUUUUUAGCGUUGUCUCUUCUCUUUGGAAUCCACACUGUAAAAGCCAUUCAGUGUUCAAAUUGGGAACAUGUGCCAAACCUUUGAUGAAAAUCCUGUAGGUCUCAUGAGCAAAGGCUGGCAUUGCUGAAAGGGAUGAAUCAUUAUUAUUAAUAAUGAAUAUUUAUUGAAACUUAAUUUAUUGCUAUUUAUUUAUUUAUUCUCUUGACACAUGAAUGGGAUUAUUGUAAAAAAAAACAACAGAAGUGACAACAUUCUACAACCUUGUUGGAAAUUAUUGAGGUUUCUCUCUGUACUGUACCUGAUGGGAUUAUCUUUGGUGCGGAAUGAAGAUUCUGGUUGAUGGUGAAAUGAGUUGCAAGGAUUUAUUGAAGGAUAUUAGAUCUGUGAGCUUAGACCGAGACCAAUGUCAAAUCUGAACAGCACCGUCAGAGUCACAUGUGGGGCAGAAAAUGAAUCACGGCAGUCAUAAAAGCCAGAACCCAAUGAGAAUAAAAAAAAAGAAAAUAUAAACUGCACAACACAGAUCUUGAUUAAGGUCACAGCAUUAGGACAGUAUGGACAUGUUCCACAUAUCAGUGAGACAAAAGCAAUUACCCAAAGACUGUGUCUCUCCAUCAAUGUCAGUCAGUCAGAAAUGGAAAAAAAACAUAGCAGACGCAACAUUAAUCACUAUCUGCCAAGAAAAAGACAAAUAUUGGAGAUGACAGGGUCUUAAGCCAUGGCGUAGGGGAGAAGAGGCUUAAACCAGAGUGAAGGGUAGCCCUGCUGAAGUCUGUAGAGAUAAGCAGAUAUAUUUUAAAAUCAGACCCUACUCAUUUCUGGCAAUUGAAAAGUGUGCGAUUUAAGGAAAGCAUAAAGUAGUAUGCUAGAUGGAUCAGAACACAAGUGACCCAAGGCUGCUACUGGAGGUUUGACUGUGACUGUGCCAGAGCUUAUCGCUGUUCUCCAUACUAGAGUGAUGCAAUGGCAGACCAGGCUGUUACCAGUGGCUCCAAUGGUGGUGCUUAUAGCAUAGUUGUCUGAAAAAAGAAUCUCUUUUCUUUUUGAUACUACAAAAUUAGUGCACUGGACUUUACAGUGAAGAACAUUAAAUAAACAAAACAAGACAAAACAGAAGAAAAAACAACACAUAAAGCAAAAGUGAUUUAUUUGCCCGCUUACUUCUUCUACCAUCCCAGUUAGCGCAUGCUUUCUUUCAGUAGUUGUGUAUCUCAGUUUUCUUUCUUGAGAUGAAAACAUAUGGUGAAUGUCUCCUAAGCAGACAUUCUCAUUUACUCGCUUCAUUUUCGCUCUCUCUCUUCUGUAUACCGUCCUCAUGCUGAGAAAGGCUGCUUUAGCAUACAUACAGUGACUGAUUUCCCUGGAGAGUGGUAUAGAGAAAUGGAUGAUGCUUCGAAAGGUUUUUUUUUUUGUACUGUCUGGAGGCGAGGAGGGCCUCAUGUGUCUGUAUAGUGGUGGCGGCUGUGGGUGAGAAGACGAGAGGUAGGCAUCAUGCCCGUGUUUCGAUGACGUGCCAUGGCGGGGGAGGGAGGGUAGGGUCUUAUCUGACUGUUGUUUUAUUGCAUUUGGGGACAGGCAAUUUAUUAGGGUUAGGGCUUUUUUGGGGUGAAAGAAAUGGAGGUUGGGGGAGGGGGGUGAUGAUGGAGUGGGUGGGUGUCUGGCUGCUGAUAGUUGGGGAGUUGGCCAUCUCCUUUGCCGCUUGCAAAAAUGAUCGGCUGUCCCCUUGACUCACAAUAAUGUGCCAUUUUUUCACUUGCAUCACUAAGUAGUUUAAUGACUUUAAUGAUAAAAAGGAAAUUAAAAAAAGACAAAAAAGAGAGAAUAGAUUACAAGAAAAACAAUUCUGUCCAAGAUUCAUCUUUUCUGUAUCUUGUUGCGUACUUAUUUGUAGAUUAUGAGAAAAAAAAUGAAAAGAAACAGUGUUAUGAAAAAGAUCUUACAAUGGGAGACACUCUCCAUGUAUGCAUGUGUGUGUGAGCGACGAGUGAGUGAGUUUUCAUUUGUUUAGGGAGAGUGUAUGUGUGACUGUGUAUGCAUUUUUUUCUUACUUGUAAUAUUGAGAGAGAAGGAGAGUCUCUUACCUGAAUAAAUCUGAGCAGUAUUGGUCAGGAGUUUGAUUCAAGGUUAGGAGGGGUGCCAAGCUGUUACAACUUACAACUGUUCUUUCGGGGAAAAAAAGACAAAAAAGCUGUUGCUGUAAUUGAAAUUUUUUGAUUUCAUUUCUGCUUAUUUUUAUUUAUUUUUGUACUGUGAUGGAAAAUAAAAUGCACUGAUCAUUCAAGGUU